AUCAUUUCCCAGAAAACUAACUCUUCGAUUCUGGAAACUGGUUUUAGGCAAGUGCUACGAGAGGAAAAUUUCCUGCUGCAGUCGAAAUUCCAGAAAAAUGGGUGCAUCAAAUCAAGAUCCAAGAAAUCCUCCUCAAGGACCUAGUCGCCCCCAAUUACGGAGGGUCAGAUCAGCUGAAUUUAGAAGACCUUCCCAUAACUUUUUACAGGUAAUGGAUGCAUUAAAUGGUGAUAUAGCGGAUUCUCCUAAAGUACGCAGUAAAUCCCUACUACGGAGGGUUGAAUCAGCAGAGUUUAGGAGACCUUCCCUUGACCUUUUACAGGCGGAGGCCACAAUGACGUACUUCGACUUAUGUGUGCGUCUUCACAAGCAUGCAUCUGAAGGCAAUUGGGAAAAAGCUAAGCCCAUAUUAGACCAAAAUAGAACACUUCUGAGUACUGCCAUAGCCGAAGGAUGGGCAACAGUACUUCAUGUAGCAGCAGGAGCAGGCCAUUUGCACUUUGUGAAGGAGCUUGCGAACAUGAUGAGUCAGAACAACAUAGACUUGGAUCUCCAAGACGAAAUGGGAAACACUGCCUUCACCUUUGCUACUAUUGCAGGAAAUCUGGAUAUUGUUGACUUUAUGUUAGAAAAGAAUCCAUACUUACCAAAAAUAAGAAGUCGAAAAGGUUUCACUCCUAUUCUUUUUGCUGCAUUACAAGGAAGAGCUGAUUUGACAGACCAUCUAUACUCUUCCACUGUUGAUGAAAGUUUUGAUGAAGGAGAGUGGAAGAAGUUAUUCCUCACUUGCAUCGAAUCUGGCAUUUAUGGUUUAGCAUUGGAAAUGUUGAGAAAAAAGCCUGCACUAGCAUUUGCAACGGAUGAAGAUGAUAUGACAGGUUUACAUUACAUGGCUCAGACAGCAGACUGGGGAAGUUAUAGUCCAGAACAACAAAUUCAACCCACAAGUUUAGGUACGAAGCAUAGUGUUGCCCUUGAACUCGUUCAUCUCUUGUGGCAAGAAAUUCUCAAGGGUGCAAGCUCAAAGGAAGAUGUCAAGAAACUCAUAAAUGAACCUUCAAGACUACUACUUGAUGCAGCAAAAGUUGGAAACUUUGACUUUUUAGCUGCGCUUAUGAAGUCUUACCCUGAUCUAAUGUGGCAAUUGGACGACAAAAGACAAACUAUAAUUCAUAUUGCUGUUUUACAUCGUCAUCCUAAAAUCUUUAAUCUCAUCCAUGAUAUGAGUGGAAGUAAGGAUAUCAUAUUGUCAUAUAAAGAAAAAAAUAGUGCAAACACUAUAUUACAUUUGGCUGCAAUGUUAGCACCAGCUAACCGACUUGAAUUGGUAUCUGGAGCAGCUUUCCAAAUGAAGUUUGAACUAUUAUGGUUUGAGGAGGUGAGGAAGAUAGUGUUGCCAUCAUAUAUGAAGAGGAAAAACUUCAAGGGUGAAACUCCUCGUGAGUUAUUCACUAAGGAGCACACUGCAUUACGGAAAGAUGCUGAGUCAUGGAUGAAGGGAACAGCUAAGUCAUGCAUGGUUGUUUCAACUCUUAUUGCUACGGGUGUGUUUACUGCAGCAUUUAGCAUACCAGGUGGCGUUAACGAUGAUACAGGAGUUCCAAAUUAUUUGGAGAAACGAUCAUUCAUGAUAUUUGCUAUAUCAGAUGCUAUUGCAAUGAUCUCAUCUUCGGCUUCCAUACUAAUCUUCUUAUCAAUCCUCAUAUCACGUUAUGCAGAGUAUGACUUUCAUCAUUCCCUCCCCUCAAAGCUAAUAUUUGGAUUGAUAACACUCUUCAUCUCCAUAACAAGCAUGAUGAUAGCAUUUAGUAGUGCUUUCUUCAUAACAUAUGACCAUGGCUUAAAGUGGGUUCCUAUCUUCAUCUCAGCUCUUUCAUUUUUACCAGUAGCCAUAUUUUUAUUUUCACAAUUUGAUCUUUUUUUUGACAUCAUUUACUCAACAUUUUAUUUAAGACAUCUGUUCAAGCCAAGCAUGCAUAUGCUUUACUAG